AUGCCAACUUCACGCUCAUUACGGCGGACAAACCCCAUCACCAUCGCUCUCGCUGCCAUCGUCACAAUUGGCUUCCUCUACUUCAUCUUCUCCUCCGACGCCGACGUCACAUCAGCACCCUCGAAGAUUCUAGGCUCGACAGGGCCGGCCGUAAACGCGCUCUCACCACCCUCGCUGCCUUUUCGAAAAGCGAAAAACGAUGGACAGCAGGGCCCUCCUCCGGUGGUACAUUACCACAUGACGAAUCUCACAACAUCGAGCGAUCCGGUCGCCAACCGCGAGAGCGUCCUCAUCCUCACCCCGCUCGCCCGCUUUUACCAAGAAUACUGGGACAACUUGCUGAAGCUCAGCUACCCCCACGAGCUAAUCUCCCUCGGCUUCAUCAUCCCCAAAGGCCGAGAGGGCAAUGCCGCGACCGCUGCGCUACAAAAACAGAUAGCCAAAACGCAAGCCGGCGCCAACAAGAAGCGCUUCAGCGCCAUUACCAUCCUGCGGCAGGACACCGAGAUGCCAUUGCAAUCGCAAGACGAGUCCGAGCGGCACAAAAUGUCGAACCAGAAGGCGCGACGGGCCGCCAUGUCGAAAGCGCGCAACUCGCUGCUCUUCACCACGCUCGGCCCCACCACAUCCUGGGUGCUGUGGCUGGACUCAGACGUCGUGGAAACGCCCUCGAGCCUGGUACAGGACCUGGCCGCGCACGACAAACCUAUCAUCGUGCCGAACUGCUUUCAGCGAUACUACAACAACGACAAGAAGGCCAUGGAUGUCAGGCCGUACGACUUCAACUCCUGGAUCGACAGCGACACCGCCAAGGCGCUGGCCGCCAAGAUGGACAAGGACGAUAUCCUGCUCGAGGGAUACGCGGAGAUGCCGACGUAUCGGACGCUGAUGGCGUACCUGUCCGAUGGGACGGGAGACGUCAAUAAGGAGAUUGAGCUAAAUGGCGUCGGCGGCACCGCCCUACUUGUCAAAGCGGAGGUGCACAGGGAUGGAGCAAUGUUCCCGCCGUUUGCGUUCUAUCACCUGAUUGAGACCGAGGGCUUCGCGAAGAUGGCGGCGAGGCUGGAGUGGAAGUCUUGGGGGUUACCGAAUUAUCACGUGAGUCCUGUUCUGGCUUCGAGAGAGAUUUGA